GGGUCGAGGCCAUGCACGCGUCCUUCGUGUGCCCCUUGACGCACCGCGUCAUGGUGGACCCGGUCGUCGCCGCCGACGGCCGGUCAUACGAGCGGUCGGCGAUCAUCGAGUGGCUCGAGACGCACGAGGCAGCGCCCGGGGCCGACGCGCCGCUGCCGUCCAAGGCGCUGCUGCCGAACCUCGCACUGCGCGACGCGAUCCGCGAGGCCGCGGCCAAGGGCACCGAGCAGCUGCCGCAGACCGGGUACUUUAUCUACCGCUCCUUGCGCGCCAUGCACGCGUGCGCGCUGCCGUCGUUUCUGCACCGCGGGAUGCUGCCAAACCGCCAGCCAUUCGUGAUUCCGGCCGACGAACUCGUCAUUGUGACGCGGCGCGAGCGCGGCGCCGGCUGCAACGACGUCUUCUUGCGGACCGAAGGCAACAUCUUCCUCUUUGAAUCCGAGUUUGGCGUGCCCACCGCGGUCCGCCUCGAGCCGCUGCGCGAGCUGCGCGUCUACCGCGCGCGCAAGAUCACGAGUCUGACGCUCCGGCCCGUCAAGUUUGCCCCCUUGCCACAAACGCGCACUCUCCAGCCGGGCGAAGUCAUUUCGACCGACAUGUUCGUGCACGACGCCAACGGAGUGGGCUUUGCGCGCAGCGAAAGCUCGGGUAGCUGGGUCAACACCAUGUUCCUGGACCUGGUCCCGCCGCCGACGACGAAGCAGAGCUUUUGUGUACCGGCCGCCACGAUGCUCUGUAGCAAUUGUCUUGCCAUCGACGCCCGUGUGAUUAGCAGCACCGUCAUACCCCCGGGCACCGUCGUUCUCGGACAGACCGUCGUUUCGAUCUCGGCGACCAAGCUCGCGGUGCGCACAACCUACUGUGGUGUGACGGGUUGGUUUGAAGUAUCGCCUUCGACAGUGGUGACAGCCAGCAGCGGCGCCAGCGCUACUGUGAACUCGACGACCGACGCACCGCCCGCCAAAGUGCGACGGUUGGAUGCUGCGCACGUCGCGCCGUCGUCGCAGCCGACACCCCGGCCCGUUGCAGCACCUGGUCCUCGGGAUGCUCUUACGAAAGCACAGCAAAGUCAGAGCAAGGCGGCUCCAACCUCCAAACCAACCACGACCCCUGCGAUACCAAAGACGCUCGGAAAGGCAUCAACGGCAACACCGGUAGCGGUACGGGCAGUGACGCCAGCAUCAUCACCGACAAUGACACCAGUCGCCACGCCGGCAGCAAAGGCAGCACCAACGCCAGUCGCCACACCGUCGGCGUUGUUGGCUGCUACUAUACCGGCAGCAACACCGUCCUCAACCCCGGCGGCCUCCCCGGCGGCUGCGCUGACCACACAUCGAGCCUCGCCGGCAGCAAAAACGACGUCACGGGACACCACACCCGCAAAAGCGACGGCCGCAACCUCGACCAAGGCGCUCGAGGCCUCCCAUGCGACCCCAACUCGACCUCUAUCAAUGGCGCCGACAACGACUGCGUCGCACUCGUUCCUGUCGCCAUCCAGUGUCCGCAACACGCUGUCGGUGCCGUCGCCAGUCAAGAGGCACUUGCAAGCGACCACCAAAUCAACGGCAGCAUCAUCUCCAUCCCCGAGCACGACCAAAGCCGCCGUGCCUGCCUCCGCUCCACAAGCGCACGCGGGUGUCUCUGGGACAAGUGUCACGGCCGCGCCCGCACCAGCCCCCGUGGGCAAAAUGCCGGUUGCAAGACUGCCGACGCCAGCGUGCACACCGACGCCGGUGACGGCGACGUUGCCACAGAAAGGCUACUUUAUCUAUCGCACGCUCGACCGUGUCGUGCUCUCGCGGACGCCGUCGUCGAGCGACCGCAUUUUGCUGGCGUCGGGUGCGCCCCGGAGGUUGCCGCCCAAUGAACUCGUCGUCGUGACGCAGCGCGUGCGGGGCGACGUCCACGCGCCCGUCUUUCUAGCGCUCGAGAGCGAUGCCACCGACCCAAUGUUCCUCCCCGAAGCCGUCGAUGGCGUUGACGUUGCUGAGGUCGUCCUGCCGUCAAGUGAUCUUGGUGUUUACGAGACGAUCGCUCCAACGCCCGUGACGCGGCAUCCGAUGGCACCGACGUCGACGGACGCGCGUCUUCCGCCAGGCUGCCUCCUCUCGACCGACUUGCACGUCGACGACAUGACGGGUGGCGAGUAUGUGCGCCUCGAACACUCGACGCACUGGGUGCCACUGGCGAGUCUGCGGCCCCUCAAGAACGCCCCCGGGCGGCAUUCGUUUGUGAUGGACGCCGCCACGCCGCUCGUUUCCAAUGCGUACAGUGGUCUCUCGGUGCCGAUUGCCGUCGUACCUCGCGGCACAACGCUCGGUGGUCGCAUCGUUGUCGACCUACCCGGUGCUUCGCAGUGUCUUGUUCGCGCUAUGCACAAAGGAGCGACGGGCUGGUUCUUUGCGACGCGGCCGGCUUCGCUGCUCGCGGCAGCACCGGUCGCACCCAAGCAGUCACGAACGCCAGUCAAGCCCGAGCCGUCGUCCGAUUCGGACAUCGAGAUUAUGUCGCCGCCGACCACUCGCACAAAUGAAGAGCCACCACUACCAGCACCACAUGCUGCACCAACGCCUGCUCCACCAGUGCCGAGUCUGGCGCCUGCCAUCCAGUCAUCGCUCUCCGCCCCGCAGCCGCGCCAAGAGCCCCUCGUCUCGGUCUCCCAGCAGCGCCACACGGCGGCUUCCGCGCCACGGCGGUCGCGGAAAGCAGCCGCGUCCAAGGCCCGUCGGGUACCACCGCCCGUCGAGGUGGUGCCGCCCGGACGGCAGCUCAAGGUUGUGCUGCGCGGCGGCUACUACGCGGUGCUGCACACGCCGGUGAAUGGUCGCAGUACGAUCCUUGGCGAGUACUUGCCGCUCCCGCUCAGCGAGCGCAUUGGCCAAGUGUGCUUCAUGGGCCACUGCAUCACGCAUCUGGCGCUGUCGCCCGACGACGCUUGGUACUUGAGUCUCGAGCGCAGCGCCGGUGCCGCCUACACGAUCGUGAGCCCGGCUGCGAACGAGUAUGUCCGCCACCACGCCAAGCCCAAGAUGCGCAUCGCCUUUGCGAACGGCCGCAUCGUGCUCGCCCCCGAGGCGGGCCCGGCGCUCUCGCGCGGAUUUGCCGGCUCGAUCCUCCAGCGACGACUCUCGUCGUCCAAGAAGGUCGACAUUUUGGCCAUGGACGACGACGGCAGUGUCUUUAUGCAAGACGCGCUCGGGCACGUCGCCCACGGUCUCUCGCAGGUACUGUUCGACACGAUUCUCGAGCCAUCGCCGGUCGGCGGCGGCGCUCUCGUGGACGUCGUGCUUUCCAACGACAAGUACGUGCUGCUGUACGAACACACGUUUCGAGCGAGUCCUGCUGUCCCGAGCGUCGUCAUCAAUCUGCUCCAUAACGCCUACGGCAAGCCAGGCAACGACGGCGAGUCGACGCUGGAUCCGGUGACGACUCUGGGGUCGAGACCGCCAACAACAGUCGCGGCCCCGAGUACUGCGGCGACGGAUUCCGAGGAAUCGGGGCCCAAUGUGCAAGAAGAACCGGGCGCUGUCCCCGAUGUCAAGCCCGAACCUACGCUGCAUGCGUCGUCCGAAAUGACACACGCAUUGGACAUCGCGCAAGGAUCGAAGGCCGAGCCAGACCCUGCUGCAGCCAAAGACAUGGCGUCACUGCCUCAUCCUGCGAGCCCGCCGCCGUCUCGACCUGCUAACCCGAUCGUCGUUGGUCAGGAAGACGAAUCUCCUGGUACGCGCUGCGCGGACGCUGCAUCGACGCCGUCCACCGCCGUCGACGACGCAUCGGUGUCAGUGGUCGAUGCUGCCAUUAUCAAGGCAGAAGUACCAAACGUCCCGCCACCACCCAGUACCGUCAAGCAAGAACCAAGUGCGUUUGAGUUUGUUCCAUCGACGCCGUCGCCGCCACUGUCGCCCGCGAAGGCUGCAAGCCCGUCGGCGUUGCCGGCAAUGAAAGCCAGUCCGACGCCGCCACCAGCGCCGGUCUUUGGUCGGUUGCACGCCAGCCUUCUCGCUUCGUUUGAAGAAGACGACAUUGAUGUUUGGAGCAUUUCCUAGUUCAAUAAGAGUACAAAUCGUGUACCCUUACUCGCA